AAGAAAUUUUCUGUUAUUGCUGAAACUCCUGCUUUUGUACUGACCACCUUUUCCACUCACCUGAAGCACAGACUGGAGCAUGCAACAACAAGGCCGGCUCAGGCUGAGGCCGUGGCUGGAGGAACAGAUUCAAUCUGGGAGGUAUCCAGGAGUCAGCUGGCUGGACCAGUCAGCACGAAUCUUCCAGAUCCCAUGGAAACAUGCCGCUCGCCAUGGUUGGAGUAUUGAGCGAGAUGCUACCCUUUUCAGGAGCUGGGCCAUGCAUACAGGACGGUACCAUCCAGGUAAAGACAAGCCAGAUCCAAAGACAUGGAAAGCAAAUUUCCGCUGUGCCUUGAAUUCUCUGCCUGACAUCUGUGAGCUGCGAGAGCACAGCAAAAAGAGAGGCAGUAAUGCCUACAGAGUCUACAGGAUGCUGCCCAGCUCACAAACACAGAAGCGCAGAAGAGGGCUGCGGUUAUUCGACCGACCCAGAGAAAGACAGACCAGUUUAGGUGAAUGCACAUCUAAUGACAUGCACAACACACAAAUUUGGCAACCCACAACAACAAGGCCCAUUACAGACAUACCACAGAAGGUGGAGGCUGUUGCAGAGAGCACAUUUACCAGCAUUCAAAGACAGGGGAUGUGGGACGCCAAACCAGUGGACCAGGAACAGAGUGAGGCCGUCUUUAAGCUGAUGGACCACUUAAACAACACUGAGCUCUGGAACCAGACCGGGGAGCAGAGAGGAUGGAGAACACACAAUCUCUGGAACCACUGGCACUGUCCUGGUGAUGAUAACCCAUAUCCUCUGCACACAGAGAACUGCAGUGAUCUAUUUGGUCCAAACUACAUCAAGGAACUUUCUGACUGGUCCACACAUCAGCAACCACUGAUGCCAUAGCUGUGCACCCAAGAACUCCAUCUACCUUCUCUUUGUGUUUACCAGACAUCUGAUCAAAGGUUCAUUUUCUUUGAAGCUUUCUUGCUAACCUUCAUCCGUUUCCCUCUUAUUGUCUUUCUGAUAAGCUAAUUGCAGGAAAUAGGAGAAAUGCGAGAGGGCAGGGAACAUUGCUCUGUCAUCCUCUCUGCUGAGCAUGCUGGGAUGAAGAUCCAGUUCCAAGCCAAGCUUUACCUCUGUCAUCAUUACUUGUGUUUAGAUUUAGUGCCUAACACUCACAAAAAUGACACCAAGCUCGCAGAUCUCAUUUCAUUGCAGUGCAGGAUCAGGUUCUGUUUGCCCAUUUCUUUGAGCUUGACUGGAUGUUUAGCCAAUAAAUGAAGUGCAGAACAAAGAAUAACAAUUUGUAGGUUUGUGUUUGUGAGUGGAGUUCAAAUCUCGCUUUACCUUCAUUCACAGAAAGCUGACCCAAUCUACAAUGCGGUGUAUUCUGUAUCCUUGUCCAUUUGUAAUAUCUGUGCGAUUUCUACAUUUGUGAAUUAACUUUACUACCUUUUGAAAAAAAAAAAAUUCCAACAUGAAAUACAAGUUUGUUUGUAUGUUUUUUGUAUCUUUUUUAAGGCUAUAGAUUAUUCAGUGUGUUUUGUGUGUUUUAGUGAAUAAUACCCAUGUUGUUUUUUGUGUAUAUUAUUUGUUUAUAUUAUAUAUAUAAAUAAACUUGCUUUUACAAAAUGCACAAAUUAGACAAAAGCAUGAACUUGUCAGGAUUUUUGACAUCCUGUGUGUAUAUAAAAAUGAAUGCAAAAAUACUGAAUUUUAGUGUGUGAUUAAAAAGCUGCCAAGUUUGUA